AUGCAAAAUACCGAAACAAAUGAAAAAAAAACAUCAAGGAAUAGUUGGGUUAAAGAACUUCAAGGAACUUAUUCCAACAUGUUAAUUUCAGGAAGUAAAGGAAUAUCAUAUUUGAGUUCAACUUUCAGUGGUGGUCAAAAUUUAGUAUCAAAUGUCAAAACAGAUGUGAAAAAUAAUCAUAAUAAAAGCAUAGCUAACGAUAUUGAGGAUAAUGUAUUAGAAGAUAAAAAUGAGCUACAAAAUGAAAAUGAAGAAAUUAAUAUAUCUGAAAAAAAAAAAAUAAUUUUUGAAGUAUAUAAAAAAUAUUAUUUUAUUGAAAUGACAAAAUAUCAUAAAAGUCGAGAAAAAUAUACUACCAAUUUUUUGAAUUUUCUUGAAGGGUUAAAUGAUAAAAUGUCUGAAGCACUAAAGCAUGGCGAAUGUAAUAUAAAUAAUUUAAAUAUAUUUUUUAAAGAAUUUUUAAAAAACGAUACAAAUUAUUAUAAAGGGACGUCAUUAGGAAGUAAUCGAAUAAAUAAUAUGUCCAAAAGUUUUAUGAGCAUAACAGGUAAUGAUGGUUUCUGUGAUCAAUGCCAUUCAACUAUAGAUGCCGAAAAUUAUAACAUUAUUCAUUGUAAAAAAAAUAAUGAAACAAGUGAUUCCAUGAAAAGUCAUGAUUGUUUUACAAAUAUGGAUAAACAGAAAAAUAUAAAUCAAUCAAACAGUAAAGAAAACAAUAAUACUUGUGAUUUGAAACAAAAAAAUUAUGAUUCCUCAAAAAUAAGUGAAGAAACUGAGCAUGUAAAGACAAACGUGGCUAGUGGUAAUAUAGUGUCAACUACUUAUGAAAGAAAAAACAAACCUAAUGAGAUGCUUCUUUUUUUAGAUAAAGUGAUAGAUGUAGAUGCAAAUAACUACAAUUAUUACCAUACCAUUAUUAAUGACUGGGCUCAAUUCGGAUUCAUAAACUAUACAAAAGUUAUGAAUAAUAUGAAGGCAAGUGGGAAUCUAAUAGACAAUGAAAUAUGCCAAAAAUUUUUAGUCACAUUAAAAGAUAGUUAUAUAAAAGAAGAAGAUAAUUUAAUGGCAAAAUUAAAAAAAAAAAAAAAUGAAUUUUUAAAACAAAUAGAAGCAUGUAAAAUUUGUUGGAAAAAUUUUGAAAAUAGUUAUUCAAAUUCAGAACAAAUUAGAUCUGAUCGAAUAAAAAAUUCAAAAAAAAUAAAAUGCUCAUGGUUAUGUCAAAGAAAAUAUCUAAAAAACGUAAAAAAUUUAAUACAAAUUCAAAUUGAUUAUAUAGAAAUUAUAUGUGAAUGUAUACAAAUAUUUUUUCAACUUAAUGAAUGGAAAAAAAAUGCAAUAAAAUAUAUAUUAUGUUCUUAUAUAUUAUUAUAUAAAAGUUUCUUAAACAUAUAUAUAAAUAAUAUUAAUAUAUUGUAUGACUCAAUAUUACAAGAAAAAAAUAUCGAAAUAUCACAAUUUAAUAAUUUAAAAACAAUAACAGAUAUAGAUGAAUAUAAUAAUGAUAGUGAGCAAAUGAUAAGACAAAUACAUCCUUUUAAAUUUGAUAAAUAUAAAAAAAAUGAUGAUAUUCCUAAAUUUCAAAAUGCCUUAGAUUUAAUUAAUAAUAAUAUAUUUUUUUUUAGCAAAGAAUAUAAUAUAAGAUCGAUGCUUUGUAUAUUUUGUUCAAAUAUUAAAGGGCAUUUAACUAAUGCUGGGAUUUUUAAUAAAUAUAUUGAAGGAAUAUUCGUUAUUACUUGGGAUAAAUUUAUUCAUUUUUUUUCGAAUCCAAAUGAUGUUUCACCACAAUGGUCUUAUCAUAUCGAUGAUAUAGAGAUCAAACUUAUUAGAACCGAUAAAAAUACAAAUACAGAAAAUUUCAAUAACGAUUCUAAAGAUAAACAAGGAAAUAUCAAUGGUGAGGAAAAUAAUAUUAAAAAGGAAUCCAAUGAUUUUCCAUUUCCCAAUUCUAGCCAAAAUAUUAUUCAUGAUUCCCCAAAAAAAGAACCCAUUCCUGAAGAAGAAAAUAAUGAGGAAAAAAAAGCAAUAACAAAAACGUCAUCUAAUGAAACAUCCAUUGACCAAUUCAAAAUUAAUAAUGAUGAGAUAGAUGUUCAAAUUAGAGAAAAAAGAAAACUUUUGCGUAUUAGUAGAUGGUCCUUUACUUUUAGAUGCAGCACUUCACAUCUAACAAAUGUUUGUUAUGAAUUAAUGAAUAAUCAUUUAGAUUCUUCUUAUUAUAAAGAAGAUUUAUCAUUUUUUUCAAAUUUUUUUAAUAUUAUUUCAAAUGGUGAAAUACGAAAUGAUUUAUUGUUUACCAAAGAAAUGGCUAAUCUGUACAAUAACAAUAAUGACGAAAUAUUAACUGAUAAAGAUUGUUCAGGAAAUAGUGAAGAAAAUAUUAGCAAUUAUAAUAUUUUUCAAAAUCCUGCAAAUGAACAAAUUUCUUCUCUAAACCCUGAAAACAAUAAUAGAUCACAUCUCUAUAACAAGAAUAUGCAAACCAGUUGGGAUAAAAGAUAUAGUAAAUAUUAUUCGAAUAUCCAAGAUAAUGAUUCGUCUUUCAACACCGAUAAUAAAACAGAUUUAAAAAAUGAAAAAUCAACACAUGAACAAUUAUUAGAUGAUUUUAAUAAAAAGAAAAAAAUGUUAAUCGAUAAUAUGAAAAAAACUGAAAAAAAUAAAUCCGAAAAUGAUAACUCUAAUUAUCAUGUAAAUCAUGAAAGAAAAAAUGUAAGUAGCCAAAUAAAUGAAAAAAACUUUGAAGAGACGCUUAUAUUUGAUAACAAAAAGGGAAAUAGUAAAAAAAAAUGGAAAUCGCAAAAAAAGGAGAAAUCGUAA